CUCACAUAAGAAGCGUAUGCUUGUGGAAGGAUGGCUUACGCCCAAUAGCACCCAAAUCUGAACAGCUUACUUGUAGUUACUAUUAUCAAUUACUGCGUUCAGAGGUAUAUAGUACACAAGAGAAGACCAACAGAGGAACGGACACAUAAUUUAGGCGCACAGAUAACCCAACUUUGUAAGUGGGUCGUAGGUAGCACCAUAUGUGUGCUUUAUCUUGCAAUACUAUAUCUGAACUUGUAGCAAGAAUCACUGUAGGAUAAUAUCAAUAGUUCGUGAAAAUUCAGCUAGAAUAACAGAAUAGAUAGAAGCCCCAUCCCAAUAAUCACAAAUCCUGGCAAGAAUGGCGGACUCUGAAGACUGGGAAGCGUUGGAUAGUGCGGGCGAGUUUGACAAGGUGCCCGACUCUGGUGCCACGAUUGAUCGAUACUCGAGCGUCGCUAAUCAAGUGGAUACCCAAUUCUCUGCUAUGGCCCUGGGCGCAAAUAACAAUUCAAACGUGUCAGCAACGAACGUGAAAGUACAGAUCCUUAGGCGGCCUAACUCGAGCCAGAACGAAACUCAACCGAAGUUGCUUAAACGCCCCUCAUCGCCUGCAACGGUGACCUCUAGUGAGGGCCAGGAAAAGCCUGCGCCAGUUACCAAAACCGCAAAGGCUGGGCAACAAGGACAUGGUAAUAAGACAAAGGGGAAGCAAUUAGAAGGCAAAGCAAGUAAAACGCUAACCCAGCGCGAGAUAGAUUAUGCUGCAGCGAGAGAGAAAAUAUUCGGCCAGAAUCCCGUGGCAUCGGGCAGCACCGGAUCGCUCAGUGGCAUGGGCAGUGGAGGGUCUGGGAACUCCACACCCACACCCACACCCACCCCAGUCUAUUCACGGAACAGCUACAACAAUCACAGCGCAAACCCGAACAAUAUGAAUAGCAAUUACAGUACAAAUUAUAUGACCAACAGCCAUUACGGCAACAUCAGCGACCCCAGCAUGGCAAACAUUAACAACAACAACAUGGUGAACGUAAGUAUCACACCAAACACCUACACAACGGCCUACAUGCCGUACAGUAACCAUGCGUACGCCCAUCAGGUCGGCACUCAGUCGCCCACCUAUUCCAAUAGAAUGUCGCCCACUCCUAGAAACGGGCCCGGCGUGCCCAUCGCCAACAGGUACGCGGCCGAGUACACCGUGAGAUACCCAGUCAACAAUGUACCGAACACUAAAGCCGCGCCAAUGAACAGCAACAUCAUUCGAGAGCCUAGGGUUGCAGACAAUUCUCGUGGUUUCGGGGUUGCAAGGGGUAACGCGGGGAACGACGUAACACGCCCGUCUAUGGACUCUACAUAGCAGGCACUUAUAAGAUGAUAUUGUCGAACUGCACAGGUAGCGAGUUGCGACAAUUAUAUAUUGAACAUAUAAAGAAC